AUGAACGUGGUAACACUCACAAGUUUACUGCUCUUGACGGCUUGCUUAUGUGGAAUAUAUGCCCAGCAAAACGCGAGUGAUAGCACCAUGACCACUGGAGCUGCAGCUUCAUCAGGAUCCAGUGAAACUUCGUCCUCAAGCAGCCCAACCACACCAAGCGCGCCCACUGGUGCAUCUUCACCCAGUUCCACAUCGCCCACACAAAAUGUUUCAACAACUGGCGGUUCAAUGCGCCCUUUUACUCAAAUAUUUUGUUUGAUGUUACCAUCAUUCACCAUCGCUGGAUUAUUCUGA